GCAGAGAGUUACAGCAGCCGCCAAAUUAUUUUUCGCGAUUUCCUUGUUUUGAGUCAAAACACUCAUAACCCAACCUUUUUAUGAGCUUAGUACAGUAUACUACAUUUAAGCAACACCCCUAACAAUACAAAUCAUGAAACCGUUGAGGCAGUGAACGAAGGAGAUAUGAAGGGAUUGGUUGUUAAAGAGCUGGGGAACACGUCGGAGAUUCGAUGGGACCACCGAAAACGGCGACGGCACCGGCAAAAGAGAGAAGGAAGCAAAUGUCAAAGAAUUUUGAUUUCAAUUACACGGAUUUAGAUGCCGCGCGUUCAUUUAUUCUACGGCGAUGAUUGUAUAUCCAUUGAGGAUGGAUCACAAAAUGUUCAAAUCAGUGAUUUAACUUGCGGCCCCGGUCACGGGAUCAGCAUUGGGAGCUUGGGGGAUGACAAUUCCAAAGCUUAUGUCUCGGGAAUAAAUGUGGAUGGUGCUAAGCUCUCUGAAACUGACAAUGGAGUAAGAAUUAAGACUUACCAGAGCUUGAGACGAGCCAUGGGAUCGAUUGAUGUUACGGUGUUCUACGGUGAAGAUCCGGAGAGGUGGGUUGAGUGGAUCGACGAGUUCGUUGGCGCUCACAAUUUCACCGUAUUCAAAACAAGACAGUUAGCAUACGGGUUCAUUGAAGGUGAUGCUAUGUCGUGGUAUGGAGAUGAGAUUUCAUGAUAUGGGUUUAGUAACUGGGAUGAGUUAAAAGUCAGAUUAUUCAAUCGGUUCAGUACACUCGUAAAACAAGAGAAGGAGCAACUGGAACAGCCCAGCUUGAUGGAUAGUUUGAAAGAGAUGAGUCAACUUCUAAACCGCUUUGAACAAAGUUGGAAAGGAAAAGAGGAUACAAAGAAAUCUCAGGAGGAGAAGACAUUUGAAUCAGAUGACACAAAACAGGUCGAGAGCUUAGACGGAGGAGAUGAUCUAAUUAUGUACUCAAAUCAGCUGAUUCGAUAUGUGAAGAGCUAUACAUUGAUUCUAGAGUAUCCAGUGAUGGUGCAUGAGAAGGAUAAUUCUGAGACUAAAACCCCUUUGUUCGAAGAGGAUAACGGCUCAAAGACAGACAUGGAUAGGGGCGCCUACCAAGUGUUCGAGAAAAUUCUCAAGAGAAAGAAAAAAAUAAUAAAGAAGAAAAGGAGAUUGAAAAGACUCUUUAGUAAUAUUAAAAAUCGGUUGGUAGAGAUUUUAAACCACAAAGAGAGUGAUAACUCAGACAUGUUGGGGAUACAAACGGAGAGCACAACCAAGAGACAAAGAAAGAGUUGGUUGGAGUGGAGUAAAGUGAGCUGUCACUGUGCACACACUCGGGAAAAGUUAGACAGAAAGUGGGUACUCAUGUUCAGAGAGAAGAAGAUGUGCGAUGAGUUUGUGAAGCUGUGGGUGGAUCAGAAGGAGCUAGCGGAUCUUCACGCGAAGAUACCUACCAUGAAUAUGCAUGAGAUAAACAGGAUCACUGCACAGAUAUAUAUUGGUAGAGGAAGGAUCUUGGUGAACUGUGAGACUAGGUUUGCGAAGGUGACUGUGGAGGGGAAAGACAGGUACAGAGUUACCAUGGAUGUUCACAGGAAGGUUUUAUUGGAGAGGAGCAGGUUUUUCAUGGAGAAGAUGAGUUGUAGAAGAAAGGAGUUUCUCAUAUGGUGGAGAUCAAUGAGUGUGAUGGCGUU